AUGAAAACCUCUGGGAAAAGACAGAAAUUCACCGUUUGUAGUGAUGAAUUAGGAUUUCUUUCACAGGAAUAACAGCAGAUACAAACACAGUGGACUCGACAUGACGUAAGGUCUCUCAAAAAGUGUCUUUACGUCAAUAUCUUCAAGGAGGGUCAGGCAGCAUGGCAGACGGGGAGGAGGUGAUGAGCCAGGAGGACUGGAAGGAGAAGUGUGUGGUUCUGGAGGCACUGCUCAUGAAGUUCAGAGUGCAGAUCAUCAAGAUUCGAGAACUUACUGCAGACAAGAUUCAACAGCUGGAAACACAGGUGAUCGAUGCAGAGAAACGGGCCUUCACAGCUCAGCAGCAGGUGCAGUGGAUGGAGGAGAAGCUCAAGGCUCCAGACGGUCCGUCCGGAGACUCAGAGGUGCGUUUGUUUCAACAGUGCCAGGAGCUGCAGGGCUUAGUGCAGGAGAAGGAGGACGUCAUCGCCCAGCUGGAGCAGCAGCUGGAGGAGCAGAAACAAAUCAGACUUCAAGAUGCCAAAACAGUGGAGGAGAAAGCAGCUAAGAUCAAGGAGUGGGUGAUGCUGAAGUUGUCAGAGUUUGAGGUUGAGAAUGCUGCAUUAAGAGAAACCAACAAGCAACAAGAGGCUCAGAUUUUGGAGCUACAGAAACAAGUACAAGUGUUUGAGCAGAAGUGUGCUGGUGGACGAGGAGUCCUGUGCAGACCAGGGGAGGCCCAGCGUCUCAGCAGCCUGACGUUUGGCUGUUUUCAAGUGAGGGGGAAAAACCCCCAGGUCCUUACUGGACCAGCACCAUCCCAGAGGACCCUCAGCACGCAGGGAGAGACUGAGAGCAGAGACAAAAGUGAGAAGAGCAGCAAGCAGACAGCCUCCUCAGGGACCAAUGGUGAAGUCCACAGACCAAACCAUUCUGGACUGGUGUGUCUACCAAUAGAGGACAACAGUCCAUCUGAGAAUCCUGGUGAGAAUGCCUGUGGACCGGAGUCUCGCUGUGUCUCAUCCGUGCUCUCCAGUGCUGCAUCAGAGGGGGAGGCAGGCAGAGGGAGAGUGUGCGGCUUGGAGUUCAGCCGGCCUGGCAGUGAGACCUACCUGACUGCUUCAGACGACAGCAGCUCUCUGUUUGACGAUGACAUGCAGCGAGCCGAGCGUCUCGGCAUUAGCCUGCUGGAGUCAUCAGAUGGAGCACUAGCAGGGUGUAAGGGGGAGGACGAGGGACACGGGGCUAAGCUGGAGGACUGCACCUCUGAGGAGCUCAACAAGCGAUUCCAGUCUCAGAGGCUUGACUCCUCGUCCUCCUCCAGUGAGACCAACACCCCCAGCCCCAUCCUCACACCAGCCCUCACCCCGAAACGACCCAACCCUCCCCAGGACCCGAGAGACAACCCCGCCUCACCCAAACAGCCCCGCCUUAGGACCCCAGCAGGGUUCGGGUUGAUGAACGUAUCCCUGGCCAAGAAACACCUGAGCCAGCCACCGAUCAGCAGUGAGGCGGCACACGGUCAAACACGCAACGCCCUCAGCAUGCUGCGCCCCCUACGGCCGCAGGAAACCGACCUCGACCAGCAGCACGAGGUUGGCAUGGAGACGGGCAGGGACACACCUCCACAAAUUCCUCCCAGCUCACAAACCGCCAUGCCAUCCUCUCAGACCUCAUCUGAACCCGGGACAGAGAUUAGCUCAGUGAGGUCUGACUGUGACGGCUCAGUACCUGGCAGCAAACCUCCGACUCCACCUUUACACAGACUCCCCUCCUGGGAAAGUCGUAUCUAUGCUGUGGCUAAAUCAGGAAUCAGACUGUCUGACACGUCCUGCACGGACCCUGCUAGCAAAGAUCCCUCCCUGCAGUCCUCUUAUCCUGCCUUUGUAAUGUACACAUCCCUCAUUUAUAAAAACAUGACUACACCAGUUUACACUACUCUAAAGGGGAAAGCCACUCUGUUGAGCAGCAGUCCGUUCUCAGAUGAAUCAUCCAGCUCUGAGGAGUCAUCCAGUUCAGGAGAGGAGGAUGGUUCCCUCUGCAGCUCCCACACCUCCUCCAGCUCCAGAAAGGACAGCAGCCCAGGCAGCCCGCGCUCUCUCAAGAGAGCUGUGUCUAUGGCUUCAAUGACAUCAGAGAGCGACUACGCCAUCCCUCCUGAUGCGUACUCCACUGACACCGAAUGCUCUGAGCCUGAGCAGAAACUGCCCAAGACCUGCUGUUCAUCCAGCGACAACGGCAAGAGUGAGCCGAUGGAGAAGUCAGGCUACCUGCUGAAAAUGGUCAAGACCUGGAAGAAAACCUGGAAGCGACGCUGGUUUGUCCUCAAAGAUGGAGAGCUGCUCUACUAUAAGUCACCUAGUGAUGUGAUCAGGAAACCUCAGGGUCAGAUCGAGGUCAACGCCACCAGCAGCAUCGCCCGAGGUGAAGGGAAACAAGUUCUCCAGAUAGUGACGGGGAAGCGUGUUUACUACCUGAAGGCCGACUCUCCCAACCUGCUGGAGGAGUGGCUGCGGGUGCUGCAGAGUGUGCUGAGAGUGAAGGCCGCCAGUCCUCUCUUCACUCAGCCAGAUAUCCGCCCUGGCAUGAAGGGACUGCUCGUCAAGGUGAAGCACGGCUAUUCUAAGAGGGUUUGGUGUGCUCUGAUUGGGAAAACACUGUACUACUUCCGCAGCCAAGAGGACAAGUUCCCGCUGGGUCAGAUUAAGCUGUGGGAGGCCCGGGUGGAGGAGGUCGACAGGUCAAGAGAUUCAGAUGACGACCUGAUGGCGUGUGGGCGGGGCUUACAGGUGGCGGCCUUCACCAUCGCUGUCCACCCACAGGAACAGGGGCCGACCUACCUGCUCAUUGAAUCCCGUCAUGAAAAGGAUUCAUGGCUGUACCAUCUGUCUGUGGCAGCGGGCACCACAGUGGGUAAAGUCGGCACGGAGUUUGAGCAACUGGUGGGAAAACUCUUCCAGCUGGAUGGAGAUACAAACUCUCAGAUUUGGAGACAUCCCAUGUUGUGUUUCAGUAAGGAAGCUCUGUCAUCUCCUCUCACCACCCUGCCCUCACAGGCCCUGCAGACAGAGGCUGUUAAACUCUUCAAGACAUGUCAGCUGUUCAUCAACGUGGCCAUCGAUGCUCCAGCCAUCGACUACCAUGUAUCUCUGGCCCAGAGUGCUUUGCAGGUGUGUCUUGCCCACCCCGAGCUUCAGAAUGAGUUCUUCUGCCAGCUCAUCAAGCAGACCCGCAAGAGGCAGCCACACGGCCAUCCAGGACCACUGCAGGGCUGGCAGUUUCUAGCCUUGUGUGUCGGCCUGUUUCUGCCUCAGCAUCCGUUCCUCUGGCUGCUCCAGGUUCACCUCAAAAGACAUGGAGACGCCAGGACGGAGGUGGGUAAAUAUGCCAUCUACUGCCAGCGCUCUAUGGAGCGGACCCAGCAGAAGGGUGAGAGGCAGUCCAGGCCGUCCCGUAUGGAGAUCCUGUCUAUCCUGCUGAGAAAUCCAUAUCACCACUCCUUGCCCUUCAGCGUCCCCGUUCACUUCCUCAACAGCACAUACCAGGUUGUGAGCUUUGAUGCUUCAACAACAGUGGACGAGUUCCAGUGUCGCCUCAACCAGGACACUGGCAUGAGAAAAACAGGACUGUCUGGUUUCAGCCUGUACACCGAUGACCCCACAGGACGAGAGCUGGAACACUGUCUGCAAGGAGGCAUCAAGAUUUGUGACAUUAUCUCCAAAUGGGAGCAGUCAUCUAAAGAGCAGCACACCGGAAAGUCUGAAAACACCAGGACGGUCCGCCUCACCUACAAGAACAGGCUGUACUUCUCUCUCCGUGAGGGGGAGUCAGAAAGGGAGAGGUUGCUGCUGGCUUAUCAGACCAACGAGGCCAUUGUAGCAGGACACUUUCCUGUCAAUAAGGAACUGGCUCUGGAAAUGGCUGCCCUGCUCGCCCAGGUGGAGUUUGGAGAUUUUGAGCGUCCUUUCUCUGCAUCUGGAUCAGCCCAGACUAAGUCUAAUCAAACCCUGAAGCAGGUUUUGGACAGAUUCUACCCAAAACAUUACCGCAGGACCACAACUGAGGAGCAGCUCAGACAACUGCUGCAGCGUCUCUCUACCCGCUGGGCUUCACUCAGGGGACGAAGUUCAUCCGAGUGCGUCAGGAUCUACCUGACUGUUGCAAGAAAGUGGCCGUUCUUUGGUGCCAAACUGUUUGAAGCAGGGUCUAUCACUCCCUCUCCAGAGCCGAGUGGACGUGUUUGGCUGGCAGUGCAUGAAGAUGGUAUCAGCGUUCUGGAGCAUAACUCCAUUAAACUGCUGGUAUCCCACUCCUACAAGAACCUAAUGACCUUUGGAGGCUGCAAGCAGGACUUCAUGCUGGUGGUGGGUCAGAGCAUCAGUACCAGUGCCAGCAAAGACAAACCUACAGAGAAACAUCUGUUUGCGAUGGAUGCCUCCAAGAUCAGGGAGAUCACCCUCCUCAUCUCCAGUUACAUCAACAGUGCUCAUCAGCAGAAGGCCGCUGCUCACCAUCUCUCCGCCCCGGCUCUGAUGGUGGCCCAGCCCAUCACUCUGAAGAGCAAAGAGCUGAGGAGCAAAUCCCCACCAGCACUGGGACGUCCCAGCAAAGCCCCCACACUGCUGUGAUGGAACAAAAAUAUACCCCCUAAACGUAUUUAAAGUAGAAAAUGUAGGAUUAAUUUACACCUGCAUUCAGAUUGAUUCCACUGGAAUCAUUCCAUGUGUCUUUACAGUCAGAUCCUGUAGGCUUUUCUCGUUCAGCCAGAUCCCCUCUGGAAGUGAAAGACUGAACAAGGACUCGAACUGUCUGUGAUCGGCUUGGUGUACUUUAAUAUCACAGAUCAGCUGAGGUUGCAGCAGUUUGCUGAUACCACCACAGAGUGCCUUUGUGCCGUCCUCAGAGAACACUUCAUGAGAUUUACUGAGACUCGAGCUGUUAUCUUCAUAACUGAGACACUCUACGAACAUUUUUUUUGUCUCCCUGAUUAGUGUUUAUGUAACGCCAAAGAAAAAUGUCAACGCUUUUUAUUGACAAACUUCACUGCAGUUCUGAAAUGUCUCAUAAAGUAAAUUUUUUGUAUUCCAGCCUUUUUAGAAAAUGCAGUCAUACGCAGUAAAGACACAAUAGUGAUGUUUUGUUGACAGAUAAUCCAAAGGGUAUUUUUGGAAUAACUCCACCAACUGAAACUGUUCGAUAGUCUUGUAUAAUGAAAAGCAGCAUGAUGAAAGCAGGAGGCAACAGCAAGAAGUUUGUAGCAGAGGAACACUGUUCACAAUGUACCUGAACUGAUGGGAGCGGAAACAUUCAGUUCUGUAUUUGUCCUUUUUGCAAAACAUGAUGGAAGAGCUAUGCGAGUUGCUUGCGCUAUAAGCUUCUACGAGGAAACCAGUUUGGGCCCUGUGUGCUCUUAGUUACUGAACAGCCAGGAGAGCAGUAAAACUUUAAUCAUAUACAAAUAUUAAGGCCUUUCUGGUGGAGUGAAUGAUGAGAAUCAGCAAGGCGCUGUAUGUAUAUAAUAUGAAGGUGUUUAGGGAAGUACUUAUGGUUAGCUUAGGAACAGGUAAUCAGUUCUGACACAUUUCUCUAUAGUUACAGAGUUCACUUUUUAAACGCUGUUCAGGCAGUCUUUUCGCUAACGCAGCUGAGCACAAUAGUUAAUCUUACAUCCAAAAUGCAACCAUAAAAAAGUUUGUUGAUCAUUAUAGUGACCUGAAAACACGAUUACUAUUAUCUUUGAAAUAUUUUUUUAUUUAUAGAUUGAUUAAUAGAUUGAUUGAUUAAUAGACAAAGAUCAAUUACUGCAUACAUUGUGUCACAGAAAUAGAUUGGAAAUGCUGCCAGAUGUUUCAGUGAGCUGGAUUUUUACAUUUUUGUCUUGCAUAAUGCAAAAAAAAUGCAUUACAAAACUACAUAUUCAUGACAGAAAUGUUUAAGAGAGCUGAUUAAAUGGAAAUUCAGCAGUUUUAGUGAAGCCUCUAGUGUGUCAUUUGGCCACAUUCUGUCUUAUUUCCUCCUUUUCUGGGUAAGAAAGUUUCCAUGUCUGAUCCAACAGGACAGACAUGUGAUUAAGAGGCUGUUGGUAUUUAACUCUUCACCUGCUGUGAGGUUGACAAACAGUGUGGUGGAAGGAAAAUAUGCUGUAAGCCACCGUGACUGGAAAUGAUAGUGAAAUGGCACAAAAUCCCUUCUGAACACCAGCAAGUAAACAUAUGCAGAGUGGAGAAUAAAUACACAGAGUUUUGGGAGUAGUUGAGUUUGAGUGAGAAAACGGAAGUAGCUUUGAAAGGUGUGGUCAUUGUCAACGUAUAGUUAGUCUAAACAAAGAAUUCCAGAUUUUUACUAAGUCUUGUAGUGAAGAGUAUUGAAAAAGUGAACUCAGUUUUCAUAAAUGUGUGUCAUCAGCUGUGAAAAAAAAAAAAAAAAAGAGAGAGAGAGA